AUGAAGCGAAACCUGCGACUUGUGACGUGGAAUGUUAACGGACUGCGCGCAGUCUUGCAGCGUCUAGGACAGCGUCUCCAGCCCUUUCUCGAGAGCUUGGAGGCCGACAUCAUGUGUUUCCAAGAGACGAAAAUAACUCGCUCCGAGCUCGAUCAGGAGCUCGUGCGGCCUCCAGGAUUUGACGCCUUUUAUUCCUUCUGUCGACAUCGUGGAGGGUACUCGGGUGUUGUGACGUUUGUCAAAAACGAUCUGCCAACUGUCGCAGCCGAGGAAGGACUGACAGGUUUAUGGCAAACCAAAGACAGCGUGGGGCACCUUGGAACUCUGCACAAUGGGCUUUCGCCGAAACUCGUGCACGAUUUGGAAUCCGAGGGACGCUGUGUUAUCACGGACCACCAAGCAUUUGUGCUUGUAAAUACGUAUUGUCCAGCACUGGCAUCUGCAGAUCGCUUGGAGUACAAACUUUACUUUCAUGCAUUGCUGGAGGAUCGGGUAAAGGCUUUACGAAAGGCAAACAAACGCGUUGUUGUCGUGGGUGAUAUAAAUAUUGCGCACCGAGAAAUUGAUCAUUGUGAUCCGGACACGCAUCGGCCUGGUAGUAGUUCUUUUGCGAAUCAUCCGUGCAGAAAGUGGAUGGACUCUUUUCUCGUACAAAGAGAAGCGAUGGAUCAGUCCGCUGUGGUUCUUGCUGAUUGUACAAUACUGAAUGAGCAAUCUACUGCUAGAAUGGUUGAUACUUUUCGGCAUCUACAUCCUUAUGAGGUCAAGGCUUUCACGUGUUGGAACACCGUGACGGGAGCGCGUCAAACAAAUUACGGAACCCGAAUCGACUACAUCUUGGUAGAUCCUGUUUUCCUCGCGUGUGUAGAUUCUUGCAAUCUCGAGCCAGAACGUAUCGGAUCGGAUCAUUGCCCAGUGGUCAUGUCUUGCGUUGUGGAUUUCGAAACUGGUGACUCUGACUUAAGUUGCGGAGGUGGUGCAGAGCUUUGUGCCAAAAACUUCGUGGAAUUCUCAGGUAUGCAGCAAAGUAUCCAGGCGUUUGUUGUACGUAGGCAAACUGUGCCGGAUGGUCAAGAUAUUGCAUCUGGCUUGGAAGACUUUGCGUCGACACCUUUACCAGCCUUUGGGUCUGGAAAACAAUCUAGAAAGCCGAUGAAAAAUCGUGGCCAACAGUCGAUAACUUCUUUCUUUAAUAAUGCAAUGACGAAGCCAAAGACGGCAUCGCAGAUGGAGUACUCCGGUAGUGAAGAGGAGCCGCCCGUACACCAUAUGCUUGCUGAACAGUCAGCAAAGCGUAAACGAGUUGAGGAAGGGAAGCUGGAGUGGCAGCAUGUUCUCAGUGGACGACCGUCACCAACGCCAAUGUGUUAUUGCGGUCAGCCUACUGUACUCCGGUCAGUUGUAAAGGUGAACGAAAAUUGGGGCCGCAAGUUUUACGUCUGCACCAAGCCAGCGGGAGAGAAAAAGAAUCCUGAUGCCAGAUGUGAUUUCUUCAAGUGGGCUAACGACAAAGGAGUUAAGAAGUCGAAGAUUCCGUAG